AUGAUAAAACGUUUCGUUCAAGAAGAAUUGCCACUGGUAUUAUGUUUUACAUAUCCACACUUCGUUCGACGGUUAAAAGACACGAGUAUUAUAACGAGUAUCGAUUUCGAUCUACUGAAAUUGUUAUUACAUUUAUUUGAACCAUUAGAAGAAAUUACACGGGCCAUCUCAUCGGCAACAAAUGCCACAGUUUGUUUAGUUCUACCAUUUUUAACAGUUAUAUUAAAUUUGCUUGAACUAGAUUCGACAAAAAUUGAUACUAUGAGACCGGCUAUGCUUGAACAAAUGAAGAAAUGGUUUUCAAACGCAUUUUCAAAUAAAUAUUAUUUACUUGGAACGAUUCUCGAUCCUCGUUUUAAACAAUUCACAUUCGCUCAACUGAAUUUAUUUCAACAAAAUGGUACAGUGAGAAAAACUUUACAAAAGUGGAAAGCUUACGAAGCGAUGACCUUGGCUGAAAAACAUUUAAACGAUGAAUUCAUAAAAUUAACAACACCGAUGUUCUCAGCAACCACAACAAACUCUUCAUCUCUCUCAACUCCUCUAUCAUCAAGUUCAGUUUUAUCACAGUUAAUUACUCGUCAAAGAUCAUCUACCUCCAGUGAAUUGACUGAAUAUUUAGCCGAAAAUGAAUUAAGACAACAAACUUGUCCAUUGGUCUGGUGGGGUCAAAAUAAAUCACGAUUUCCGACAAUAGCAAAAAUUGCCAGAAAAUAUCUUUGUGUUCCAGCAACAAGCACUCCAUCGGAACGUGUAUUUUCAAUUAGUGGUAUCAUAACAAGCGAUCGUCGUUCUCGAUUGUCUCCUGAUUGCGUUAACUCAGCUAUAUUUUUGAACAAAAACUCUCAAUUUGAGGAUUAA